AUAAAACUAAUGCAGGCUUAUAAUGCUGGGAAAAGUAUAUCUUCUGUUGUACAAUUGCUGUCUGGCCUUUGGUUGGAGUACAGUCCUAUGGUACACUAUAUACGAGCUGUACAGCACUGAGUCAACUACUACAGUGUACAAGAGAGUGGAAGUAGCCCUGAAGUUGUCCCAGUCCCUUGCUGUUCUGGAGAUUGUUCACGCUGCCAUCGGACUUGUCCGCUCCUCUCCUCUUACUACUUUCAUACAGGUUCAAUCUAGACUAGUGGUGCUGUGGUUAGUAUUGGACCCUGUGAAGGAAGUACAAGCUGAUUCUAACGUUCCUAUGAUGAUUAUUGCCUGGUGUGUUGCUGAAAUAGUCAGGUACUUGUAUUAUGCUCUAUCUCUGGUAGACAAAGUACCGUAUGUUCUCACCUGGGCGAGGUAUUCCUUCUUCACAUUCCUCUACCCUAUCGGAGUGUCUGGUGAACUCCUCACUAUUUACAGCGUCCUGCCCUACGUCACUGCCUCUGGAAUGUAUUCUGUCUCCCUGCCCAACAAGCUGAACGUGUCCUUCAGUUACCCGACCUUCCUGAUCAUCUACAUGAUGGGUUACUUCCCCUACCUUCCCAAGCUUUACAUGCACAUGUUGAAACAGAGGGGUAAGAUACUGGGCGGAGCUGCUGCUGAGAAGAAGGAAAGCUAGUCGCUGAGCGGAGCCAGCCAGCUAGUAACCUAGUAACCAGCUAGUAACCAGCUGGUAACCUAGUAACCAGCUAGUAACCAGCUGGUAACCUAGUAACCAGCUAGUAACCAGCUAGUAACCAGCUAGUAACCUAGUAACCAGCUAGUAACCAGUUGGUAACCAGCUAGUAACCAGUUGGUAACCAGCUAGUAACCAGUUGGUAACCAGUUGGUAACCAGCGAGUAACCAGCUAGUAACCAGCUGGUAACCAGCUAGUAACCAGCUGGUAACCAGCUAGUAACCAGCUAGUAACCAGCUAGUAACCAGCUAGUAACCAGCUGGUAACCAGCUAGUAACCAGCUAGUAACCAGCUGGUAACCAGUUAGUAACCAGCUAGUAACAAGCUGGUAACCAGCUAGUAACCAGCUGGUAACCAGCUAGUAACCAGCUGGUAACCAGCUAGUAACCAGCUGGUAACCAGCUAGUAACCAGCUGGUAACCAGCUAGUAACCAGCUAGUAACCAGCUAGUAACCAGCUGGUAACCAGCUGGUAACCAGCUAGUAACCAGCUAGUAACCAGCUAGUAACCAGCUGGUAACCAACUAGUAACCAGCUAGUAACACUCAGAAGAUAGUUCUGAUAGAUGGUCGCUGAGUGGGGGAGGUGGUUUUUGGUAUUAUUAUUGUGUUAUUUAAGUGAUUUUUUGUUUGUGUUUUGAUUAGACUUUCAUAACCGUGCAAAAAUACAUGAGAUAGAGAUUCAAGUUUGUUUUUUAAUCUUUUGGCCAUUUCUCUGACGAGUCGUGUGAAUUUAGGAAAAUGAUAGACUUUUGGUACUUCUGAAUUGGGGUUUGUUGGUUUGAUUAAUGAAUCAAAUCUGUGAUUUGUACUUCUUAUACUUCAGAGUUGUUUGUUAAUUAACU